GCCCAGAUUUCAGCAGCAGGGGAAGAAGGUAGAGGCCGUGUCGAGUUUCCUACCUAAAUCUCUUCUCUCUCACACACAGACACAGACAGGACAAGAUAAGGGAACACACAGGGUGAGACCUCGCGCAGAACCCGGCUGUUCAUCUCCACCUGAGGAAUGAAAACGACGGAUUAACAGCAGGACUCACACGCGGAGGGAGGAAGGAGCACUGCCUCAGGUGCUGCGGUGAACUGGUGUUUUUUGCCUGUCUGCCCACGUCUCUGCUCCUCUCUGUCUGAUGGCUCUCAUCACUGGGAUAGUAUUCCUAAUACUGGCCUCUGGAGUGUAUGCACAAGGCCGAUUAAAGCUGACUGUUCUAUCAGAAGACCGGCUGCAGAUGAAGUGGAAGGAGGCUGAGGGGGCGGUGCAGGGCUACAGGGUCAGAGUGCGGUCAAUCUCAGUGCCCCAGCCGGAGAUGAUGCUGACCACCACACGGGGCAAGGCAACAGUAGUGGGGCUGGACUCCAGACAGGAAUACCUGCUGCAGGUGCUGGUUCUGAACGGAACAGGAGAGAAGCUCAUCGCCAAGAGACGCUUCACAAUCAGCGGGCUGCGGGAGGAGGAACUGGUGAGGAAUGGAAACCGUGAGCAGAAGAAGAAAGUGCUGGCAGUGGGCUCGGGCUCUGGAGAGAUGGACGAUGUAACAGAGGCUCUGGAAUCAAUGCCCACUGUGCUCUAUCAGGAGCCCACCACCACAGAGCCCCCUACAGUAUCUGACCAAGAAGAGCAGGAGGUUGAAAAGAGCAGCAGAGAUAAGAAAAAGAAAAAGAAAGAAAAGAGCCUUACAAAGCUGGAGGAAAAGGAUGAGCAGGUUGAAAGCAGAGAGCUGCCUGCAGAAGAGGAGGACAAAGUAAGAAAAAGCAUGCCCACCCAGCCUGGUACAGCUGGUGCCUCGCGGAAGCCGUUUGAGUGCAGGGCUGGAGUGCAGGCUGAUCUUGUCCUGCUGGUGGACGGCUCUUGGAGCAUCGGGCGCACAAACUUCAGAAAAGUACGAGAGUUUCUGGAGGGGCUGGUCAUGCCCUUCUUUAUCGGCCCAGAUGCAGUACAAAUCGCUCUGUCACAGUACAGUGGAGACCCUCGCACUGAAUGGCAGCUCAACAACUUCACUACCAGAGAGCAGCUCCUGGAUGCUGUUCGAAACUUCAGAUACAAAGGAGGGAACACCUUCACAGGUCAGGCUCUAAUUCAUGUUCUGGAGGAGAAUCUAAAUGAGGAAUCAGGAGCUCGGUCAGAUGUUCCUCGUUUUGUGCUGCUUUUAACUGAUGGAAAAUCUCAGGAUGAUGCCGUUACUGCAGCGACCAGGCUGAAGAGUGAAGGAGUGGAAAUCAUCGCUGUGGGUGUGAAGAAUGCAGAUGAGGCUGAGUUGAGACAGGUGGCGUCUGAGCCUCUAGAGCUGAAUGUAUACAAUGUGAAUGAUUUCCCGCUGCUCAGUAAGCUGGUGAGCCGAUUAGUGCGCAUUCUAUGUGGGAAGAUAGAAGACCGCAGUAAAACAAAGAGAAUGGAGCGUCCCACAGAGGACCCUGUUCUGUCGUACCCCAGCCCCACCGAGCUGCAGUACUCUGAACUGGGCUCUAAAGAGGUGCGUGUGAGCUGGACGGGGCCCAGCCGGACUGUGCAGCAGUACAGGGUGGUGUUCCACAGCAGUGAGGGACAGAGCCCACAGGAGGUGGUGGUGAAUGGGUCUGUCUCCACAGUGAUGCUGACGGGACUGUCCUCCCAGACACAGUACCACCUGUCAAUCUUCCCUGUGUACGAGCACAACGUCGGCUCUCCACUUCGAGGCAUCUUCACCACACUGCCACUGGCCAUGCCGCACUCUCUAGAGGUCACUGCAUCCUCUCCCACUACUCUGCGGGUGCACUGGAGGCCGGCUCCUGGAGCUACUCAGUACAUGGCGCUGUAUUCUGCCCUCACGGAUGGGGAGCCUGAUGAUGCUCGAGAGGUGAAAUUUGGGGCAGAUGAGACGGAUGUGGAGCUGCAGGAUCUGAUGCCCUCCACAGAUUACUCAGUCACGCUGUACGCUCUGUACGAUGAGGAGCCUAGUGAUCCCAUCACAGCCGUCGCUUCCACGUUCCCUCUGCCCUCUCCUCUUAGUCUGCAGUUUCCUAUGGUCAGUCACAGCACCCUGAGAGUCACCUGGGUGCCAGGUGCAGUCAGUGUUCCUGCUCAUCGCAUCACUUACAGCACCAAUCAUGGCAGUGAUGUUAAACAGGUGGAGGUAACCGGUGUGAACACAGUCUUACUGCAGAAUCUGGCCUCUCUAUCCAGGUAUCUGGUAUCUGUACAAUCUCACUAUGACAAAGGCUUGUCCACCCCACUCACCGCCAACGUCACCACAUUGAGGGUUCCUGCUCCUUCUGAGCUCAGGGUCACUAAUUACUCCGAGAGCUCUCUGACGGUGCGCUGGGAGGCAGCUGCAGAUGACGUGACCUCAUACCUUAUUAAAUGGAUCUCUCUCAGCGGAGGAGACCUGAGGCAGCUGAAGGUGGAUGGUGAAAGCGAGGGAGCCAUAUUGGAAGAGGUUGAGGACGACAAGGAGUAUCAGAUCUCACUGUCUGCAUUGUACGCAGAUGGAGCACAGAGCGAUGCUGUGGCUAUACGCUACAGCACAUUGUCCGGGGGAGGCCCCAGCUCCAUGUCCAUCUCUGAGGAGACAGCGGUCAGCAUGUUGGUCAGCUGGGUCCCACCUAACGCCCACGUGCUGCGGUACCAUGUAUCUUACACACCUUUAACUGGAGCAGAGGCCAGAGAAAACACAGUGUCAUUGCCAGGCAGUGAACAGCGAGUUCUGCUGCAGUCCCUGCAGCCUGACACUCGCUACAGUGUGCUGGUUACUGCUGAAUACCGCAACAGAGAGGGAGGCAGUGCCUCAGCACAGGCCAAAACCACCAGUCUGCGUGUGAGCAGUGUGAGCGUGGUGCGCUCUGACCACUCCAGUGUCUGCGUGUCCUGGAGGCCAGUAGUUGCAGUUACAGCAUACCGCAUUGUCAUCCAGGCCCUCAGAGAUAAACACACAAAGGAGGACACAGUAGACGCCACCAGCAACAGCCACUGUUUCUCUGAGCUGCAGCCGGAGACUGUGUAUCGCAUCAGUGUGCACUCCCGCCUGGGGACAGUAGAGAGCGCUGCCGUCACUAUUCUCCAUCCCACAGCUGUGGCACCAGUCAGAAUACAACUUCCUCCUAAGCUGCAUCCCAUACAGAAUGAAAUGUGUCCUGAAACCACCAUUAGGAAUAAUGUAAUUAAAGGUUUUAAUAUGAUGGAGGCGUUUGGUCUGACUCAGAGGGCUCAUUCCACCGUUGAGGGCGUGGCAGCAGAACCUUUCAUCUUCAGCUCUCUACCCAGCUACACCCUCUACAGAGACACACAGCUUACCCAGAGCACAGCUUUUAUUCACCCAGCUGGCUUUGCUCCGGAACACACCAUCAGUAUGGCCUUCCGUCUGCUACAGGACUCACCCAGGGAACCCUUCGCCCUCUGGCAGCUCACCGACAACGACUUCCAGCCCAAGAUGGGGGUGGUGCUGGACCCUGAGAGAAAAGUGCUGCUGUACUUCAGUCUGGACUACAGAGGAGAGGUGCAGGAGCUGACCUUUGACCAGCCACAAGUUCACACUCUCUUCUACGGCAGCUUCCACAAGAUUCACCUGUCAGUCAGUCAAGUGGGUGUGUCCUUGUCUGUGGACUGUCAGCGGGUUGGAGAGAGACCCGCCCGUCCUCUGGGAACUUUACCUACAGAUGGCUUUGAGAUGCUGGGUAAACUAGUGAGGACCCGAGGGCCCCGCAGCGGAUCUGCUGCUUUCCAGCUUCAGUCGUUUGAGAUAGUGUGCAACACUACCUGGGCCUCUGAGGACACGUGCUGUGAUCUGCCUGCUCAGAGAGAUGAGGAGAGUUGCCCUGCUCCUGCGUAUGCCUGUACCUGCACCUCUGACAUCCCUGGAGCACCUGGAGAUACUGGCCCUCCUGGGAAACCUGGUCCUCGUGGAGAGAAAGGGGAGAAAGGAGAGGAUGGACAGAAGGGUGAAAUGGGACCCCCAGGCAAGGCAGGGCCUGAGGGGGGCUUUGGCUCUAUGGGUUCCAUUGGCCCUCGAGGCAUUACAGUAAUGGGGAAAAUGGGGCCUCCAGGGAUUAGGGGAGAGAAAGGAGAUAUGGGAAGGCCUGGAAACCAGGGGUUGCCAGGACCACCUGGUCCUAAGGGUGCUGAGGGAAAUGCAGGACCUAAGGGGACCAGAGGUAUGGAGGGGAAUAUGGGACCACCAGGGACUACAGGGCCACGAGGUUUCCAGGGAAUGCCUGGCCACCCAGGGCCAGCCGGAGAGAGGGGGCCACUUGGAUCUGUCGGGCCGACAGGGCUUCCUGGAAGUAAAGGAGAGAGAGGAGAGAAGGGAGAGCCACAGUCUCUUGCCAUCAUUUACCAGCUCGUCACACAGGCCUGUGAGAAGCUAGUGCACAAUGAAGUGCUAAAGAUAGACGCCUUCCUAAAUGAGAUCAGUCGGAACCCCGUGCCCAUCCAGGAGCCAGUCGGGCCUCCAGGUGAGCCUGGAAUCCCAGGAGGGAAAGGACCCCCUGGGCCCAGAGGCCCACCGGGACGGCAGGGAGACCGAGGAGAAUCAGGAAAACCAGGAUACCCUGGCGAGCAGGGAAGAAGAGGUGCAUCUGGAGCUAAAGGAGCUCCAGGGAUUAACGUUCAAGGUCCACAAGGAUCAAAGGGUUUUGCAGGACCCCCUGGAGAAGCAAAGGUAGGGAUGCAAGGGCCUAGAGGUGACGAUGGUAAUCAAGGUGCUCCUGGUCUUCCUGGGCUGGUGGGUCAGCCAGGUGAGAUGGGGCCCCCUGGAGCGUGUGACAGUAGUGGCUGCCAUCGAGGAGACCCUCUAGCAGAGGAUCCAUACUUCGGAUACCAGCCUUGAUUGGAAUAACAUUGAGAGAACUGUUUUGCCGAUCAGUUAAACACUGAGUCCUGAAUCCUGAGUGCUUGCUCUCUCCCAGAAGAAGUAAAAGGGGCACUACUGGGUGGAAUAGAGGAAAAAUGGGCUGGCAUGCAAAGGACAUGUUUUAAAAUCCCGCUCACUGUGUGACACAGCUGAUGUAAACGACAUCAGACUUCCAGCUUAUCUUCAUCUUUUAAUUCUCCAGGAACUCUGGUUGCCCUUCAUUAUGUGUCAGUAAUUUUUUUCACUUCUUUUAUUUUUGUUUUAUGUCUAAUUAUACUGUCCAGUUCCAUGAAUCACUAGAGUCUUAAGCAGGACUCAUUUUGUGAUGUAUUAAUUUCGAUAUUACAAUAAAGAAGGGUCCCUCGUCAUUUCAUUUACAUUUAAAGGGGAAUAUAGCCAUUUUUGUUGUGAAAAGAGCAUCUGUUUACUAAAUAAUGACAAUUUCGCACUGAGAAUGUUUUUAAAGCAAUUUUAUCAAUGCUGUGGUUUAUUGUGUUGUAUUUAUAUAUAUAUUUUUUAAUAUGUUGAAGGCAUACUACCACUUCUUUGGUUUCCCUGAUUUACUGCCUCCAAAACUGACAUUUACUGUAUAAAAAUGUGAUGAAAGAAAAUACACUGUGAUCAUAUUGUAAUGUCUUGCUGUCCUUCAUAAGCAUAAUGCCUGUUCUGUUUGAAUCUGCACAUUGAAUUCUUGUGUUACAAUUAACACUUUAUUACAUUUACUGUAUUUAAAUGUCUAAAACUGAA